UAAAUAGUAAAUAUUGCGCACAAGUUGGUGCGUUGAAACACAAAUUACAAAGAGUAUCGCUGCUCGCGAGUAAAAUCGGCACACUGUGUGGCUCACAACUACAACUAUUUUGAAUCUUGUAAAAUUACAAAGUCGCUAUACUCGAGGGCAGACUAAAAACAGCUACAGUUGACAUGCUUGGGCAUGUAACAGAUGCCAUUGAAGUAAAAACGUGCAACAGCAACAACGACAAACAAUUUUAUUGCCGCGACGAAAUAAAUUCACGCGCAAAAGUGACAGCAGCACAAGAAUAAGCAUUAGAUUUUCAGUUUUUCUUAUUUCUUUGCUCACACUUAUUUGAGUUUGGGGCAAAACAAAAUAAAAAACAACAACAACAACAACUGUGCAUAUAUUUCAGGUGAGUUGCAGACACAGACUAAAACAAAAAGAACACAAAAUAAGAAGGCAGACAAAAAAAUACCAGACUGAAUAACAAUUGCAGCAACAAUUUGCGAGUUUAAAAUAUAAAGAAGAAGACAAAAACAGAGAAACUUGGCGCUAUGAGCGUGGACACGUAUGCGCCAAGCUCGGCGCUUUCAUUCCUGGACCUCGACGAUGCUGAGCUGCUGCGUGGCGCCGACACGCAGCCGACGCCAUUUGAUUUUCGCGACUUCAGCAUGCCGUCCAAUGCGCAGAGUCAGACCCAAGGCGAUCAGCUGGAUCUGCAGCCGUCACGCCGACCAAGCAGUGAUAUGAACUCCCGGCUGGUUUCGAUGACCAACGAUUUGGCUGAUCUGCAGUUCGAGGAGGAAGAUGACGAGGGCGGCGGUGGCAGCGGCGUCAUUGUAGGCAGUGGCGGCGGUGUGGGUGGCGCUGCCUUUGCCAAGGAGCUGCCGGCACAUGCCUGCAAAUACUGCGGCAUACAUGAUCCUGCGACAGUGGUCAUGUGCAACAAUUGCAAAAAGUGGUUCUGUAAUGGACGUGGCAGCACUUCUGGCUCGCAUAUAAUCAAUCAUCUGGUGCGCGCAAAGCAUCGCGAGGUGACGCUGCAUGGUGACGGCCCCUUGGGCGAGACCAUACUUGAGUGUUACUCCUGCGGCGUGCGCAAUGUUUUUGUGCUGGGCUUCAUACCUGCCAAGGCGGAUUCGGUGGUGGUGCUGCUGUGCCGCCAGCCCUGCGCCGCACAAAACUCGCUCAAAGACAUGAACUGGGAUCAGGAUCAAUGGAAGCCCUUGAUUUCGGAUCGCUGCUUUCUGGCCUGGCUGGUGAAGCAGCCCAGCGAGCAGGGCCAGCUGCGCGCGCGCCAAAUCAGCGCUGCGCAGAUCAACAAGCUUGAAGAGCUGUGGAAGGACAACAUUGAAGCCACAUUUCAGGAUCUGGAAAAGCCAGGCAUUGACUCGGAGCCGGCGCAAGUGUUGCUGCGCUAUGAGGACGGCUAUCAGUAUGAGAAGACCUUUGGUCCGUUGGUGCGUCUCGAGGCGGAGUACGACAAGAAGCUGAAGGAGUCGGCCACACAGGAGAACAUCGAGGUGCGCUGGGAUGUGGGCCUGAACAAGAAGACAAUCGCCUACUUUACGUUGGCCAAAACGGACUCGGACAUGAAGCUCAUGCAUGGCGAUGAGCUGCGUCUGCGCUAUGUGGGGGAGCUCUGCGCGCCCUGGAGCGAGAUUGGGCAUGUAAUCAAGGUGCCCGAUAACUUUGGCGACGAUGUUGGCCUAGAGCUCAAGAGCUCCUCCAAUGCGCCCGUCAAGUGCACCAGCAAUUUUAGCGUGGACUUUAUCUGGAAGUGCACCAGCUUCGAUCGCAUGUCCCGUGCGCUGCGCAACUUUGCCAUGGAUCGCAAUUCCGUCUCCAAUUACAUCUACUCGCGCUUGAUGGGUCAUGGACGCGCCGAUGGCAGCGAUGAGGUGCUCUUCCGCUGUCCACAGCCAAAGCUUUAUAGCGCGCCGCAUCUGCCGGACUUGAAUCGCUCCCAGGUGUAUGCCGUCAAGCAUGCGCUGCAGCGUCCGCUUAGCUUGAUACAGGGACCGCCCGGCACGGGCAAGACUGUCACCUCGGCGACCAUUGUCUACCAGCUGGUGAAGCAGCAUGGCGGCACGGUGCUCGUCUGCGCGCCCAGCAACACGGCCGUGGAUCAGCUGACCGAGAAAAUACAUCGCACCAACUUGAAGGUGGUGCGCUUGUGUGCCAAGAGUCGUGAGGCCAUCGACAGUCCCGUUAGCUUUCUGGCGCUGCACAAUCAAAUACGCAACAUGGAAUCGAACACGGAGCUGAAGAAGCUGCAGCAGCUCAAAGACGAAACCGGCGAGCUGAGCUCCGCGGAUGAAAAACGCUAUCGCAGCUUGAAGCGCAACUCGGAGAACCAACUGCUCGAGGCGGCCGAUGUCAUCUGUUGCACCUGCGUGGGCGCCGGCGAUUCUCGGCUCUCACGCAUCAAGUUCACUUCCAUACUGAUCGACGAGUCCAUGCAGUCCACCGAGCCGGAGUGCAUGGUGCCCGUCGUGCUGGGCGCCAAGCAAUUAAUUCUCGUCGGCGAUCACUGCCAGCUUGGCCCCGUGGUCAUGUGCAAGAAGGCAGCGCGUGCUGGUCUCUCCCAGAGUCUGUUCGAGCGUCUCGUCGUGCUGGGCAUACGUCCAUUCCGACUGGAGGUGCAGUAUCGCAUGCAUCCGGAGUUGUCGCAGUUUCCGUCCAACUUCUUCUACGAGGGAUCGCUGCAGAAUGGCGUCUGCGCCGAGGAUCGCCGCCUCAAGCUGGACUUCCCGUGGCCACAGCCGGAGCGCCCCAUGUUCUUCCUGGUCACCCAAGGGCAGGAGGAAAUCGCCGGCUCAGGCACAUCGUUUCUCAAUCGCACCGAGGCGGCCAAUGUGGAGAAGAUCACCACGCGCUUCCUCAAGGCGGGCGUCAAGCCGGAACAGAUCGGCAUUAUUACGCCGUAUGAGGGACAGCGCGCCUAUCUGGUCCAGUAUAUGCAGUACCAGGGCAGUCUGCACUCGCGGCUGUAUCAGGAGAUUGAGAUUGCCAGCGUGGACGCCUUCCAGGGGCGCGAGAAGGACAUCAUCAUCAUGUCCUGCGUGCGCUCCAAUGAACGCCAAGGCAUUGGCUUCCUCAACGAUCCGCGGCGUCUCAAUGUGGCGCUCACGCGCGCCAAAUACGGCAUCAUCAUUGUGGGCAAUCCCAAGGUGCUGGCCAAGCAGCAGCUGUGGAAUCACUUGCUCAACUUCUACAAGGAUCGCAAGGUGCUCGUCGAGGGCUCGCUGAACAAUCUCAAGGAAUCGCUCAUACACUUCCAAAAGCCCAAAAAGUUGGUCAACAGCAUGAACAUUGGCGCCCACUUCAUGUCCACCAUGAUGGCUGAUGCCAAGGAGGUGAUGGUGCCCGGCUCGAUCUACGAUCGCAGUGGCGCCUAUGCGCGCCAGCUGGCUCCCGUUGCUCCCAGUCCCGUGCAGUCCAUGAACGGUGCCGGCUCCCACUUUAUGACGCCCUAUGCCGCCGGCUAUGGCAACAAUAUCAACGCCCCCAGUCCUACGCCCUAUGCCGGCAACAAUAAUAACAAUAACAUCCACAGCAGCAACAGCAAUAAUAAUAAUUAUGGCAACGCCAGCGGCCCCAACUCUGGCAAUCCCAACUGGCAUGCGGCGCAUCUGCACGACUCCAUUGGCAUGAUAUCCAGCGAGCAUAACGCCGCCGCCUUGAGCAACAUGCCCGUGCCCGUGGGCAUGUUCAUGAACAUGAGCAAUCUGCCGCCGCGUUUCUACAAUCAGCACCAGCAGACAAUCAUGGCGGCCAAGCAGAAUCGGGCGAUGCACAGCUAUGCGCCACCCUAUGCUGCUGCAGUUGGCUCCACUGCCGCCGGCUCUGGCUCGGCUAUCAACGCAGGCGCCGGCGCUGUGACCAAAAAGUCCAGCAAGCAGCCAAAGCAAAAGUCAUCCAGCAAUGGCAUCGCUACGAACGCUCCAGCGGCGUCGGUGGCGCCCUUCAGUCAGGCCAUCUCCAUGUCGCUGCAGAUGACGCAGCCGAGCGGCUUUGCGCUCUCGCAGCAGCCGGAGCUGUCGCAGGACUUUGGACAAAUCUCGCAAAUGGACGGUUUGCUUUCGGAAGAUGUUGGCUUCGGUGUGUCAGAACGCAGUUUGAAUCAAUUUUCGCAGCCUUACUGAGUGGGCUGAGGCAGUGCG